GGGAGGGCCCAGGUUUGGGCUUAAAGCCGAGCUCGUCCCAGUGAGGAGCUGUGAUGAUGGGUGUGCUGGGCUGGCUCCUGGCUGCUGCCCUCGGCAGCUCCGUGCAGGGGCACGACGAUGCGCUCUCCCAUCCGCACCCACACUUUGGUUCCGUCUACCACGUGCGAGGGGUUAUCAGUCUGCCCUAUGCUGAAAUCGAGGAGCCCUUUGAAGCCUGGUACAACCUGACGGGGAACAAGAGCCGGAUCCAGUAUUAUGGGGGGCAGGUGAUCACAUACCAGCUGGCUGGGGUGAAGCCCUAUGGGAUGCGCUACAAGAUCACCCCUGAGACCACCGAGAAGGAGGUGAACGUUCGGAAAUGCUUCCAGCUGCCCGGAUCCAAGGAGGACGUGGUCAAGGCUCAGAGCGUCUUCCCCAGCUUGGAUGGCUUCAAGUUCCUGCGGGAGGAGUAUUACCAGGGCCAGUACUGCGCCGUGUGGCAGAACGUCACCCGCUGGGAGCAGAAGAAGAACGUCUACACACUGUGGGUCACCAACUCCAGCUGUGGGGUGGCCCCGGUGCACUACGAGAUGCGGGGCUACAACAGCCUGCUGGGCUCCCACUACGACAAGUAUGAGAUCUCCUACACAGAAUUUGACAACAGCUUCCCUCCGUCCGUCUUUGACAUCCCAGUGAACGAGACGAAGAAAUGCGGGCUGCUGCCGGGCAGCGUGGCGGAGCACCGUGUGCUGGCAAACCCCAUGGAGGAUCUGGUGGGGCGGCACCGACCGUGGGCACAUGAGGUGUUCCACCACUACCGCCGGCGCUUCGGGCGGCACUACGGCUCAGCACGGGAGCUGGAGCACCGGCAGCGCAUCUUCGUGCACAACAUGAGGUUUGUGCACUCCAAGAACCGUGCCGCGCUCUCCUACUCGCUGGCGCUGAACCACCUGGCUGACCGCACGCCCCAGGAGAUGGCCGCCAUGCGGGGACGGCGCCGGAGCGGGGACCCCAACCAUGGGCUGCCCUUCCCUGCUGAGCACUAUGCUGGAAUCAUCCUGCCCGAGAGCCUGGACUGGAGGCUGUACGGCGCGGUGACCCCCGUGAAGGACCAGGCUGUCUGCGGGUCCUGCUGGAGCUUCGCCACCACGGGGGCCAUGGAGGGGGCCCUCUUCCUCAAGACCGGUGUGCUGACCCCGCUGUCCCAGCAAGUCCUCAUCGACUGCUCCUGGGGCUUUGGGAACUACGCGUGUGAUGGGGGUGAGGAGUGGAGAGCCUACGAGUGGAUCAAGAAGCACGGCGGCAUCGCCAGCACCGAGUCCUACGGCACCUACAAGGGGCAGAACGGCUUGUGCCACUACAACCAGUCUGAGAUGCUGGCCAAGAUCACGGGCUACGUCAACGUCACCUCGGGCAACAUCACAGCUGUCAAAACUGCCAUCUACAAGCACGGCCCCGUGGCUGUCAGCAUCGAUGCCUCGCACAAGACCUUUUCCUUCUAUUCCAAUGGGAUCUACUAUGAGCCCAAGUGUGCAAACAAGUCAGGACAGCUGGACCACGCAGUGCUGGCUGUGGGCUAUGGCGUCCUGCAGGGAGAGACCUACUGGCUCAUCAAGAACUCCUGGUCCACUUACUGGGGCAACGAUGGCUACAUCCUCAUGGCCAUGAAGGACAACAACUGCGGCGUGGCCACCGAGGCCACCUACCCCAUCCUGGCAUAAAACACCUCUCUGAGGGCAGAGCCCUUGGUGGUGUUCCCAGCACACAUCCCUGCAUCGGAACCUUUAGUGGGACCUCAUGGUGGAGGAGGAUGAUGGGGACGUGGUGGGACAGGACAGUGGGGUGCUGGAAAAGCAGCCAUAGGCUUGCCAAUAAAGACCCUGGAAAAACACAAUUUGGUUUCUAUGGGAGGGAUUCAGUUGGUGGCUGCCUGGCUCAGCACAGUUCUUGUUCCAGCCCUGUGGGACCGCAGGGCUCUCCUGGGGAGGGGACAGUGGCAUUUGCAGCAUCUCAGCUGCCCGUAGGGAAGCUCCUGCAGCCCUAUCUUGAGGUGGAGCACAAACAACUCCAGGAUUUCUGCUGAGCAGAGACAUUCUUGAUGCACGGGGGGAGCAGCCACCCUCUGCCCCAAUUCGUGGGCUGUGCUGGGGCCAGAGCGAGAAGGUGGCACUCGGGGCAGCACUGUGUUUUCCACACCCUGGGGGGCUGCUCCCCUCUGUGGGGGUCUCUGCUAUACCCUCAGACCAUUGCUCAUCGGUGUGCAAAGGGAGAGCCUUUGCUCUUAUAGGACUGGGGCAUUUGGGGAAUGCUGCAGCACGGAGGGCACCACCCACACACGUCCCCAGCAGCCCUCCAGCACCCAGCUCCUAUCUGCCUUGUUUGGGGUUCGCUGUCACCUUGGGCAGGGCUCCAGCUGGAUGUGCUGCAGGCAGGAGGGGUGAAGGCCACCACUGCAGGGACGGUGCUGCUCUCCUUGCUGGGUCCUUCUUUUCCAUGUAGCUCCUGAGAUGUGAUCUACAUUUUCCUCCUUUUUAUUUAUUUAUAUUUUUUUCCAGUUAACUCCAUAACUGCAGCCCCUGGGUUUGUGCUGCUGGCUCAUCCAAAGGGAUGCAGGAAUGCAAAGUCCCCAUGGCUCCAGUGGGGACAUUCUGCCAGGAGGGUGGGAGAACCCAAGGGGACUUUGCUUUCUUGCUCUCCUGGGGCAGCUGAUGAGGUUCACCUGCAGC